UAUACAGAGAAUUCAUACGUCAAUGACAUGUCACAGACCUUGGUAAGCAAGCACUCAACAAUCUUCCACAGAAAACUAAUAUUUUAUCUUAGAUAAUCCCUGAUUUAUUUUUUAAUAUGGUUUUAUUAACGACGAUAAACACUGAUUAAUUUUAAAAACAUUUCCAUUGGAAGAAAAAGAAAAGUAAAAGUAAAACCGACCGUGUCCACCUGCCAACGAAAACCACCGGUACCAACAGAUUGGGAGCGAUUAUAAAACCAUUAACCAAAUUUUAUAUUAAUAAAAAAAUACUUAAAAUAAGAGAAAUACAGACCGAACCUUAUCCAAAGCCGCACGUCAAGGCAGUAUAAAUAUUAUCUAUUGGUAUGGAACCAGAGAUAACCAAACACGAAAGAGAGAGACAAGCAAUAACCGGAGAUAACCGAAAGCAGGAGAGAGAGAGUGACAUGGCGGACAUAGCGAUUUUGGUGGCGGAGGAGUAUGAGCGGAGGGUGAGACAGACGGCGGAUUCGAAAUCAGCGUCGUUGGAAUUUGAUUGGUGGAAGAAUGUUCCGGCGAAGUUGACAAUAGGAGUCAACGAGAAGAAGAUAGAGAGUUUGAUGAAGAAGUUUGAAGCUAAAUCUCAGUUCGCUCUUGCCAUCUCACAUGGCUUCUUCUCUGCUUAGAUUCCACUUUGUUCAUCAUAAUCUAAUUUCCUUUCUCUGCUUUUUUAUGUAUUUGUUUGAGUUUAUGUAAAUAAGUAAAUAACUGAAUUAAUCAAAUGUAAAUUUAUGUUUACUUAAUCAAACUUUGGAUAUGAU